AUGGCCUCUGUGCCAGUGGUUCCAGACUCCUACAGCCAUGUGUUGGCAGAGUUUGAGUGUUUGGAUCCGUUGCUUUCUGCACUCAGGCUGGAUUCUAGUCGUCUGAAGUGUACGUGUCUGGACGUGUCAAAGAGGUGGCUGGCCCUGGGCACUUCAGGAGGAGGGCUGAACCUCAUACAGAAAGAUGGUUGGAAGCAAAGGCUCUUUCUCACUCACAAGGAAGGGGCUGUGUCCCGGGUUGCCUGUUGUUUGCACGAUGAAGACUAUGUUGCUGUUGCCACCAGCCAAGGUCUUGUAGUAGUCUGGGAACUGAAUCAGGAGCGUCAUGGGAAGCCGGAACGGAUUUAUGUUUCCUCUGAGCAUAAAGGCAGAAAAGUCACAGCUCUGUGUUGGGAUACAACUGCCCUUCGUGUUUUUGUGGGAGAUCAUGUGGGAAAAGUGUCAGCCAUCAAGAUAAACACAUCAAAACAAGGCAAGGCUGCUGCUGCUUUUGUGAUGUUCCCUGUGCAGAUCAUAACCACUGUUGAUUCUCGGGUGGUUCAGCUGGAUUAUCUGGAUGGAAGGCUGCUCAUAUCUUCCCUUACACGCACGUACCUGUGUGAUACUGAGAGGCAAAAGUUCUGGAAAAUUGGUAAUAAAGAAAGAGAUGGAGAAUUUGGAGCAUGUUUCUUCCCUGUUGGAAGAAGCAGUGGAAAUCAGCAGCCAUUAAUAUACUGUGCUCGACCUGGCUCAAGGAUGUGGGAGGUGAACUUUGAUGGGGAGGUGCAGAGCACACACCAGUUCAAGCAGCUGCUCUCAGCACCACCUCUCCCUGUUGUUACUCUCAGGCUGGAUCCUCAUUAUACUAGUUCCAGCUCCUUCCCUAAGCUACUGUAUUUGAGUGAGCACUAUGUGAUGACUUGGACAGAAAGAGGCAUUUAUAUUUUCCUUCCCCAAAGUGUUCAAGUCUUACUCUGGAGUGAAGUAAAAGAUAUUCAGGAUAUUGCAGUUUACAAAAGCGAGUUGUUCUGUCUGCACACAAAUGGAAAAGUUGUGCACCUCUCCCUGCUGCUGGUGGACCGCUGCGUAGAGCGCCUGAUAAGAAGAGGGUUCUGGACCCUUGCUGCCAGGGUCUGUUGUCUCUUCCAAAAUUCAAUUAUUUCUUGCAGGGCAAGAAAAAAUUUGCCUGUAGAGAAGCUGGAGCACUUGAAGUCUCAGCUGGAUGCCUCAGCUCAACAAGAUCUCAUUUCACAAUUGGAAGAACUCAUUUCAAAGUUGGAACCUGUAGAUUCUGCGUGCAGCAGUAGAAGGAGCAGUAUUUCAUCACAUGAAAGCUUCAGUGUCUUAGACUCUGGAAUAUAUCGUGUCAUCAGUCGAAGAGGCAGUCAGUCAGAUGAAGAUUCAUGUUCUCUCCACAGCACAUUCUCAGAAGAUGAGAGGCUUAAAGAAUUUCCUGCACACCAGGAGGAUGAGCCAGUAGAACUUGACACUGUACCUCAUGCGUCUGCGGCGGCUGAGGCUGACCGGAGUGAGACAUUUCUCCCAUUCAGUAUCCCUCUGUCAUUUCGUUCCCCAUCUCCUCUCGUCUCUCUCCAAGCUGUCAAAGAAAGUGUUUCCAGCUUUGUACGCAAAACUACUGAAAAGAUUGAAAAGAUUGGCACGCUUCAUAUAAGUCCUGAUACUAGAGGGAGGCAAGAAGCAAAGGAUGAGGAGCAGCUGCAGGAGCUGACUGUUAAUCUGGUGGCAUCUCCCCAGGAAGAGAAGGAGUUAGAGCCACAGAGCUGCCGACUUCCAGAGGAAGACCAUUUAAGAGAUCUGAAGGCUGCAACAGCAGAAGCUAUAGCCAGACUCCAGGAUCCCUUGGUUUUGUUAGAACCACAGUGUAUGAGAAGGGUUUUGCAGGAAUGGCUUGUCUGUCUAGAAGAGAAGUUUGGCAGCAAAGGGCACGCUGCUUCCUUGGUUAAGAGAAGCAAGACUGGGUGUGCUGAAGACCAGAGAGCAGUCCUGGAGGAAAACCUCCAGCUGGAUCCCCCUGAUGGAGACCCAGCAGACAAAGAGCAGAGUAGUAUCUUGGAAGGCUGCCCUGAAAAGGAAGAUACAAAUGGAACCUGUGUAAGCAAAACUGCAUGUGACAGUAGUGGUGAUGUGAAGGGGCCUUUGGACUGCAGCUUCCAGGUGUCCCCUCCAUGUGCCAUAGCACCAGAUGUUCAGAAAGGUCUCGUGGAGCUGACAACGCUGUGUUUUGAGCUGCGCGUGUUUUCUUCUGGAAGUGGUGUUGCUGAGGAAGGCUCUGAAGGAAGUCUGCCACUAGCAGCCUCAGGGACCUUGGCCUGUAGGUUUAUGCAAAGCUACUUCUUUCUUCUGGAUUUAAAAAGACUGAAGCAGUGUAUCCUGACCAUGUAUGCAGCCAGGCCUGUCGUGUGGGAAACCUACCUCGCGGGACUGAAAGAACUAACUCGUCACAGUCCCGUGGCUUUAGCAAUGGAAAAUGGAGAUAUGUUAAAAAUCCUGAAACAGCUGCAUGACCUGGGGCCCUGGGGUGACAGCCCACUGUUACUGGCACAUGCUCAAAGGCUUUACGAAAAAUUUGGGGAAAUUGCUCUUCGGCCCCUGAUAAAGUUCCACCCCUCUAUUUUGCCUUCUGAUAUCAAACAGCUUUGCAGGAAUGAUCCAGCUCACUUUUUAGCCUAUUUAGAUAGUCUGGUGAAAUCAAAGCCAGAGGAAAAAAGAUCAUCUCUCCUCAGGUCUCUUCUCCAGCCUGAAUCUGUACGACUGGACUGGUUGUGCUUGGCAGUGUCUCAGGAUGCACCACAAAGAGCGAAUACUGUGGAUGCAGAAGGAAAUCCCAGGCCACGAUCACAUCUGUUCACCUGGGGCUACAGCCAGCUCAUUCUGCUUUUGAUCAAACUCCCAGCAGAUUUUGCUACAAAAGAGAAGAUGGCUGACAUCUGUAAAUCACAUGGAUUUUGGACUGGAUAUCUUUUUCUCUGUCUGGAGCUGGAUAGAAGAACAGAAGCCUUUACUAAUAUUGCUUAUUUGGAUGAUUUGAGCCUGUUGAAUGGAGAAGAUGGUUCCAUGCCGGAGAGCACGGCAGAGUGGAAGUUGCUCCUGCACCUUGCCGCAGAGCACAGCGCCGCGCUGCACCACGACGGGCCGCAGAACGGGG